CAUCACACUGGGCUAGUUAGCGAUCAGUGGGCAGUCCGUAUUGCGGAACAAAUAACAAACUAGAUGAGUUUACCACUGCAAAACCAUGUCGCCUGAUUAGGAAUCAUCAUGACGUUAACAGCAGCCUGAGAUCAGAGAAGUAAACUAUGACAUGUUGUCAGGGAUCUUUUGAUUUGUUUAUUUAAUUUCAGGCUGCUUGUGAUGAUAUUAGCGGUUGCUAAGCGUUUAGCGAUUGUGUGAUUAAAGUUGAGCAACAACAUCCAGACAAUCGAUCAAAACCGCUCUGGCAGCAUAUCAACAGUAGAUGUACGUCUUAGUUCUAUUGAUCUGUGGGGAAUAAAUACACACGUACAGCUCUCUGGCUAACUGGCUAGUAAACCAAUCCAUGUAAGAAGGUUCUGUUGGCAUCAACCAGUGACUGAUUGCUCGGGUUUUGCUGUUAAACAUCUCAAAGUGAGUCAGCGCUAGGAUCUUUAGUCGUUUUGCUGCUCUCACGGGUGAUCGUGUGGAAUGGAUGACUUCAGCUCCAUCAGUCUGCUGUCUCUGGCUAUGCUGGUUGGCUGUUAUGUGGCUGGAACUAUUCCCCUGGCUGUCAACUUCUCUGAGGAGAAGCUCAAGUUGGUGACUGUGUUGGGAGCAGGACUGUUAUGUGGCACUGCACUGGCUGUCAUUAUUCCAGAAGGGGUUCAUGCACUCUAUGAGGAAAUGCUGGAAGUUGGGCACGAUCAUGGCCACGUGAAAGUGGAGGCGGAAGUUUCCGAGGCAAAGAUUGUAGAAGGAGUGGUGGGGCCCAGCAGUGAACACGGCCAUGGUCACGAUCAGCUCCACGCAUAUAUCGGUGUCUCUCUGGUUCUGGGCUUUGUCUUCAUGCUGCUGGUGGAUCAAAUCGGCAGUUCUCACAUGCACAGCAGUGACGAUCCAGAGGCAGCAAGGGCUGCUAGCUCAAAAUUCACCACAACACUUGGAUUGGUCGUUCACGCUGCAGCCGAUGGGGUUGCGCUUGGAGCUGCUGCGUCCACCUCUCAGACCAGCGUCCAGCUCAUUGUGUUUGUGGCCAUCAUGUUGCAUAAGGCCCCUGCUGCAUUUGGACUUGUAUCUUUCCUCAUGCAUGCCGGUUUAGAAAGAAACCGCAUCCGGAAACAUCUGUUAGUCUUUGCCUUGGCGGCUCCUGCUUUGUCCAUGCUCACAUACGUCGGACUCAGUCAGAGCAGUAAAGAGGCACUGUCUGAUGUCAACGCUACUGGUGUGGCUAUGCUGUUCUCUGCUGGCACCUUCCUCUACGUGGCUACGGUGCAUGUUCUACCGGAGGUGGGCGGCAUGGGGGGCCACAGCCACUCACCUGGGGGAAGUGGAGGGAAAGGACUGAGUAAAGUGGAGGUUGGAGCUCUGGUACUAGGCUGUCUGAUACCGCUGGUGCUUUCCAUCGGCCACAAGCACUAGUGUUCUUCACUUGAAGCUACAUAAAAGACAAACCAUACCAGAAAGAGCAAAUGGGUCUUUGAACAGCGUUGGCUAAACAAGAACCUCACAUUAGCGGUUUGAAUCAUGUCUCUGUCAGUUUAUUGAAUUCAGUGGUUUGAUUGAAUGUAAGAACAUUCAAGAUGGGUACAGGAUUUGGGAAGCAUCUAUGGACUUCCGGAAUGGGUGGCCCUGCCCCUCCAUAAAGCACUGUGUGCUGACAUCUUACAUUGACCAUACAUAAAUAAAUGCCAUCAUGUGUCCAGCUCUUUUCUUCUGUUUUUUCUUCAGUGGUGCAGGUUUUUUUUUUAGAGUUUAUAAGGAUAGGUUGUGGUUGGGUUGUCAUGUAGACUAUACAUUUGGUAUUCUAGAAGUUUGUGAAUGGAAUAUGAUCAUGAGACACAGAUGUUGCCAUUAUAAUUGAUCAGAUAGUUUUUACAUGUUUUUUAUUUCUUACAGACAUGAGCCCCAAAAUUGUAAUUGUAAGUUUAUUUCAUUUUCCCUUUUUUGCACAUUUCUUCAGUAUUGAGUUGUAAUUUUGAACAUUAUGAUGAAAUUAUACCUCUUUUUUUUUUCAUUAAGUUGGUGAACACCAAAUAGUGUUGUUACCUAACAAGAAGUGCUAACGUUUUUUUCUUAUAUAUUUUUGUAACUUCCAUUCUCCCACCCCUUCAGCCUUUUUAUUUUAUUUUUUUAUUGUUGUUAACAAGACGACAAUUUCUCCUUACUCGAUAUUCUAAUAGUCAAUAUGCUUCUGGAAUAUUAUGGGAACAUUCAUUGAAGUAUGGGCUAGUUUUGUACUCAAACUUGGUUGCUGCCAAAAAUGUUUUUCUUCUUGGAUCGCUCAUUAAAUGUAUAUAAUUAUUGGAGAAUCUAAUAAUGUGUAGUUAGUAAUUGAACAAAUAUGACAUCUAUAUUUGGUCGUAGACCAUCUGGGGGACCGCUGAAGGAUCAAAGUUAUUAAGCAGUUUUUUUUUUCUUUAUGAAAAAAGCUGUGUUUGAGGUUAUUGUACACCGAUACAUAAUUGAACCCAAUUAUGACAUGGAAAUGUUCAGUGUCCAUAGGCUCAGCUGUUGGACGCAUUGUUAUUUUUAGUUCAGUGCAUGCACAGCUUAGUUAUUUGACUUUUGAGUCAUUACUCUAACCUGAUUGGUUGUUGAAUCCUGGAGAAAGGAUCUGAUAAGUUAGUCACACGUUUUGUACUGUGAUGCCUGCUCGGAGCAAAGCCUGUGUACUGUAAAUAUGUAUUUUCUGUAUAAAUGACAAACAAAUGCUCCAGACAAAAAGAGAGAGAAAAAAAGCUCCUAGAUUCCCUAUUUGAGAUCCAUUCAACACCAUGUUGUCUUUAGUCUUACUGCAGUUUACUGUAUAUAACAAGUGGGGAAUUGAGAUAAUUUUUAAGUGUACUGACAUCAAUAAUUCCACUUUAUAAUGGUCUUCAGUGUCUUAACUGGUCCUGAAGAGAAAUCGAGAUCAGUUGUGAAGAAUACAGGAUGGAUCUCUGAUCCUGUUGUUGGUUUCAAAGUGUUUUAGACUGAAACCGUGGUUCAUGAACUUGGCAAGAUUGUGUAUCACCGAGAUCACAAGCAAGUUACUUUAAGGUUCUACAAGCAACUAUUCAUGGGGCAUAAUUAGUUUUGCUAUAUGACAGUCAAAAGCUGUUAGUGCUUUUAGCUCUCUAGCCCCUCAUCUUACUGUAGUACGCAUGUAUAGCGUCAGCCUCAAACUAGUGCAAUGUGGAAGAUACGCUGUUGAGCCGAGGCUUCAUGGUGAAUUGCAUAGUAUGUCCACUUUAAGACUACUUUAAAGGGGAAAUUGAAGGUAAAUUAGUCUCAUUUGAAUCCAAAUCUGUGCCCAGUGAUUUGGGACAAAUAUUAAAUGGAACUGAAUUAUUAUUGAGAUUGUUUGGGUGAAAUAUUUUGCUAUAUUGUUUUGACUUCUUUUGACCGAUUCCAUUGCCAUAGCUCUGAUUGUGACUUGUUUGGAUCUGUUAGGAUUGAGGAUGGGCAUUGAUGCUAAUAGUAUUUAGGAUAGAGCUUUUACAUUUACAAAGUGAGGGAUUGGAGGAGUGGGGUAUGUUGAAAUCAGAGGCUGAGUUUGGGGGGCUUUUAUGUGAUCAUUCCACAAGAGGACUAUGCCUUAUUUUUCUCGAUUGUUUAACUUUAAAUGUUUGUAAAACGUUUGUUCUUGGUGAUUGGAAUAAACUUAAUUUCUUUUUUAAUGGAUGCAAAUCAUAAAACGUACUUUAUUUUACCUGUUUAAUAACAUUUGGAACUGCAUUGAUCAAUAUUUUCAGGUUGUGUAAUAAUGAAGCAAAUAAAUGAGGAAUGAGUCAUUAAUGAAACAAACAAGUUAUUGUUCAGUAAUUAAGAGAAAAACAAGCACACAGUAAUUUUAUGAAUCCUUACAGUAAUCUGGGGCAUUUUUUUACACUUUCAAGUGCAGCAUUUGUUUUUAUGAUGUUA